AUGGGCAACAAUGCUGCCACCGCUAAUAAGAAGGUGGACUCCGCCGAAAGCGUCAAGGAGUUCCUCGAUCAGGCCAAAGAGGAUUUCGAGGAGAAAUGGAAGAAAAAUCCUACCAACACCGCCGGACUGAAUGAUUUCGAGCGGAUAAAAACUUUAGGUACCGGUUCAUUCGGCCGAGUCAUGAUAGUUCAACAUAAACCCACUAAAGAAUAUUAUGCUAUGAAAAUAUUAGAUAAACAGAAAGUGGUAAAAUUGAAGCAAGUCGAACAUACUUUAAACGAAAAACGUAUCCUUCAAGCUAUUAAUUUCCCGUUUCUGGUGAGCCUCAAGUUCCACUUCAAGGAUAACUCCAAUCUGUACAUGGUCUUGGAAUAUGUUCCUGGCGGAGAGAUGUUCUCCCACUUGCGAAAGGUAGGACGCUUUUCAGAGCCGCAUUCGCGCUUUUAUGCGGCACAGAUUGUGCUCGCAUUUGAAUAUCUCCAUUACUUGGACCUCAUCUAUCGGGAUUUGAAACCCGAGAACCUUUUAAUCGAUUCUCAGGGGUACCUCAAAGUGACAGAUUUCGGGUUCGCAAAGCGCGUCAAGGGCCGUACGUGGACAUUGUGCGGCACACCCGAAUACUUGGCGCCUGAGAUUAUUCUUUCCAAAGGCUACAACAAGGCCGUGGACUGGUGGGCGCUCGGCGUUCUAGUAUAUGAAAUGGCGGCCGGCUAUCCUCCGUUCUUCGCAGACCAGCCUAUUCAGAUUUACGAAAAAAUCGUUUCGGGUAAGGUCCGAUUCCCCUCGCAUUUCGGUUCAGAUCUGAAAGAUCUGCUCCGCAAUCUACUCCAAGUCGAUCUGACUAAGCGUUACGGUAACUUAAAAGCUGGUGUAAACGAUAUAAAAGGCCAUAAAUGGUUCACCAGUACUGACUGGAUCGCCGUCUUCCAAAAGAAGAUUGAGGCCCCGUUCAUACCGCGUUGCAAGGGCCCCGGGGAUACGAGCAACUUUGACGACUACGAGGAGGAAGCAUUACGUAUCUCAUCGACCGAGAAGUGUGCGAAGGAGUUUGCCGAGUUUUGA